AUGAACAGCGAUCUAAUUGCGAAAGUUAUUCCACGCCUAGACAAGCCAUCUGUCAAAUCGCUCUGUGUAAUAAUAAAUGAUUCUGAAUAUUACACACACACAUUCAUCAAAUAUAGGUAUAGACAGAACAUAAUGUCUGUUGAUAGAAUCUGUACCAUAUUGCACAAGAUGAUCAAUCUUGGAAAUAUUAUCAUGGCAUUUGAGUUCCUUGCAUCUAUUCCAGCAGGUAAAAUGAUGAGAGUCAUUCUAAAGCUCAUAGAAAAUCUAGAUUUGCAGAGAUCGUUCAUUUCCAUCCUCCAAAGUGCACUUAUCCAAUUGGACAAAGGAUGUAGUAAAGAAUUGAUUAGAUACAAGAUAAUUGCAACUCAUAUACAGAGUAUCAUCACAAAUAUAAAUGCACACACAAAAUACUGUAAAUAA